AUCGAUGUGAAGGACCAGAAGACAGAAGUGAAGAUUUAUGGAUAUAAGUCGAAGAUAUAUCUACAACAAAGUUAUAUGAAAAUGAAAAUACCCACCACCUAUAUCUUCUUCUUUCUCAUUUCAGCUCCUGCAACACUUCUUGAGGCCUCCAACAAUGGCGAUGGAGGUUUCAUAUUUGAAGAAAACGAAGAGACCCGAAUCAAAAGAUCAGAUUUUCCAUCGGGGUUUCUGUUCGGAACUGGCACUUCUGCAUUCCAAGUUGAAGGAGCCUAUCUUGAAGACUCAAAAUCAUUAAGCAACUGGGAUGUGUUUUGUCACUCUGGAGGUUGUGGAGAAAAUGGGGACAAUGGAGAUAUUGCAGAUGAUCAUUAUCAUCUGUUCUUGAGAGACAUUGAGGAGAUGUAUUCACUUGGUUUACAAGCAUACAAAUUUUCAGUAUCUUGGUGUAGAAUUCUUCCAAGAGGAAGGUUUGGUGAAGUUAACCCUGCUGGCAUCAUGUUCUACAACAAGAUCAUAGACAAUCUCAUUCUCAGAGGAAUCGUACCAUUUGUGACGAUUUACCAUGCAGAAUUCCCUCAAGAGCUUGAAGACAGAUACGGUUCUUGGCUGAACCCGGAAAUGCAGGAAGAGUUUUUAUAUUUAGCGGAAGUCUGCUUCAAGUCUUUUGGAGACCGAGUGAAGUAUUGGAUCACCAUAAACGAAGCUAAAUUAAUCGUAGAAUAUGCUUACCUAUGGGGAACUACUCCACCGUCUCGUUGUUCAGAGCCUUUUGGAAAGUGUUUUGACGGCAAUUCAGAUGUCGAGCCCAUAAUUGCUAUGCACAACAUGUUGUUGGCCCAUGGCAGGGCAGCCAAGCUAUACCAUGAAUAUUUCCAGCCUAAGCAAGGUGGCUCAAUUGGUCUCACUGUUUACGCUGAUAUGUAUGAACCACUAACGGAUAGAGAACUAGAUCAUGAGGCUGCCAAAAGGGCAUUUGCUUUUCAUUCUGGCUGGACAUUUGAUCCCUCCAUAUUUGGAGACUACCCAGACGAACUUAAGGAAUGUCUUGGUAAUGCAUUACCAAGUUUCUCCCGUGAUGAAAAGAAUUUUAUGAAGAAUAGCGUAGAUUUUAUUGGCAUCAACCAUUAUUCGACAAUAUAUGCUAAGGAUUGUACUAAUUCUAGUUGCUCUGCAACUGAGAAUCGUGCAAUCCAAGGUUUUGUGGAGACGGUUGGAGAGCGUGAUGACGUGCUCAUUGGUGAACAGACUGGAGUGGAAGGGUCAUAUGUUGUUCCUAGAGGUAUGGAAGAGAUUGUUAACCUCAUCAAAAUUCGCUACAAUAACAUGCCCAUGUUUAUUACUGAAAAUGGGUAUUCUUCACCUGACGUGCACGAGCAACGGGUUAAUGAGCUAACUAAUGACGUCAAGCGAAUUGAAUAUCAUGCCAAACACCUUGCUUCUUUAGCCAAGUCUAUUAGAGGGGGAGCUGAUGUACGUGGAUAUUUCGUAUGGUCGUUGAUGGAUAACUUGGAAUGGUUGAGCGGCUACAAGGUUCGGUUUGGACUAUACUACGUGGAUCGAAAAACGCUAGCUCGGAUACCUAAACUUUCUGCAAAAUGGUAUAAGAAUUUUCUGAUCAACAACACUGAUCUUGCCAAUAAGGAAACAUCAAGAAUUUAUACAAGUUCAUAAUGUUAUCGAAGGCAAAUGCAUGGCAGAUGUAACAUUGGUUAGUUAUUUUAUGGUCAGAUAAAACAAUAAAACGGUCGUUUUUUUCUUUAAUAAAGGAAAAAACGAAGAUGGAUAUAAAAUGUUUUAGCUAUCGCUAAAAAAUUGUUAACCGUCCCUUUGUUUUUGUAGAAAGAUUUAGCAUCAUCCUUAAUAAAUUAAAAAUGGUUUCGAGA